AUCUGAGCAUCCUGAAGGGGAUUGGCAAAUGUGAGUUUAGUCGAUGUCGCCUUUAUUUUGAGCGAAGGAGGAGAUUGCAUGGGUGCUAGCUUUGCACAGAGAAGGAAGCUUAAUCCUAGUACAGUCCCCGUUACACAAGCAGUAAAGCAGCUACAGGACUCCCACUGAGUAAUUAGCACUUUGAAACUCCAGAUGUAAAAAGGGCCCUAUAGAGGAGGGGGUUUAUCGAAAAAUGAAGGCAAAGAAGAAAGAGCGAACGUGAGAGAUGGCUGAACAGAGUGAACACAUCAAAAGAAUCAUGAAACUACCACAAAUCCAGAUGGAGACUGGACGUACAAUUUCAAGGAUGCCUGAGAAUUAAGAUGCUAAGCUACCUUUAAAUGAACUGUUAUUAAGCGCCUGCCAGACUUCUAACGACAGAGCAGAGGUUUGUUUGGAUUCCGUGUUACCUGGGAAACAUCAGAAUUAUAGGCUGCUUGCACAGCAAGUUUCCUGAAAAUAGGACCAAAGCAUGAGAUAGGUGAAGUGACGCAAAGUUCAUCUGAGAUCCAGAGCCAGUUCUCCCCAGCUGAAAAUUUUUACAGGGCUCAUUAAACAUCUAAGGAACCAGCUUGUUUGACAACCUCAGUUUCAAAAAGACUCUCACACUGCUCUUGUUAUUUUUAGGUAAAGCAAUUGACAUAACCUUUUCACAGAUUCAUUGAUUCUUCACAUACUGAGAAGAGCAUUGUCAUGGAGGAAUAUGACUUCAAUGUUAAACAGCUGCAACCGAAUGUCAUAUCGGUGCGCCUCUUUAAGCGAAAAGUGGGUGGGCUGGGGUUUCUUGUCAAGCAACGAAGGAGCAACCCUCCUGUGAUCAUUUCUGACAUAAUUCGAGGUGGCGCAGCAGAGCAGAGUGGGCUGGUGCAGGUAGGUGACAUUAUAUUGGCAGUGAAUGAUAGGCCACUUGUAGAUGCCAGCUAUGAAACUGCCCUGGAAACACUACGCCGUGUUGCUUCAGAGACAUUUGCGGUGCUCAUUCUUAGAGGCCCAGAGGGUUUCACAACACACUUGGAAACCACCUUUUCUGGAGAUGGAACACCUAAGACUAUUAGAGUCACCAGACCUCUGUGCCCCAAGUCUAAAUCAAGCGACUUUUCAAGUCAGAGCCUGUAUAGCAAAGAGCAACAAAAUAUGGUGGACAGUGCCACAAGUUCAGCUGGCUCUUCUUGGCAGGAAGUCCACCAGCUUCUUCACUUAAAUGGGCUGGAUGGAGUCCAAGGAGAUGACAUCAGUAUAAGUCCUUGCCUUAAUGGGGGAGCAGAAAGCAAUGACAUACUGAAAGAAAUUGAACCUGUAGUGAAUCUGCUACAGAAUGCCCAGAAGGAGGUAAAUGGAGAUAGUCAUCAUCAGGUAGAAAAGAGGGAUGCAGAGGUUCAAGCAGAAAGUAAAUCCCAGAAAGUGGUGGAGAAUGACGCAGCCUUAAAUGAUUUAUGGAGGAACAACAAUAAUAUGCCUGUUGUAUUGAACAACCCAUAUCUAGAGUGCGGGCAGGUUUCAGCCUCCGGGAGACAGUCCCCUGCAAAGAGCCAGGUGAAUGAAAGUCCUUCCAAGUGUCCUCGUUAUCUGAAAGUGAAGAACUGGGACACAAACGCCGUACUGCAUGACACCCUGCACUUCAAGGCUUCCAUGCCUACGCCUUGUACACAACAGCUCUGUAUGGGGUCUAUCAUGACUCCUCCACAGUAUGUCCGUAAGCCAGAAGAUGUACGCCCUAAAGGACAUCUUCUCCCUCUUGCCAAGGAAUUCAUCGACCAAUAUUACACUUCAAUUAAAAGAUUUGGCUCCAAAGCUCACUUGGAAAGACUGAAAGAAGUGAAAAAUGAGAUUGAAGCCACAGAUACAUAUCAACUCCGAGACACUGAGCUUAUAUAUGGAGCUAAACAUGCCUGGCGUAAUGCAGCUCGCUGUGUGGGAAGAAUCCAAUGGUCCAAGCUGCAGGUCUUUGAUGCUCGAGACUGCACCACUGCUCAUGGAAUGUACAAUUACAUCUGCAAUCACAUCAAGUAUGCCACCAACAAAGGCAAUCUCAGAUCAGCGAUCACUAUCUUCCCCCAAAGGACCGAUGGGAAACAUGACUUCAGGAUCUGGAACGCGCAGCUCAUCCGUUAUGCAGGAUACAAGCAGCCUGACGGCUCGGUUCUUGGUGACCCUGCUAAUGUAGAGCUGACUGAGAUUUGCAUUCAGCAAGGCUGGAAAGCACCAAGAGGUCGUUUCGAUGUCCUCCCUCUUGUUCUCCAAGCGGAAGGCAAUGACCCUGAACUUUUUGAGAUUCCCCCAGAAAUGAUUAUGGAGGUCCAAAUUCAGCAUCCUAAAUUUGACUGGUUUAAAGACUUGGACCUGAAGUGGUAUGGAUUGCCGGCUGUAUCUAGCUUGCUGCUAGAAGUCGGAGGCUUAGAGUUUACUGCAUGUCCUUUCAGUGGAUGGUACAUGGGGACUGAAAUAGGAGUUCGAGAUUACUGUGAUAACUCCCGCUAUAACAUACUGGAGGAAGUCGCCAAAAGAAUGAAUCUAGACACAAGAAAAAUGUCCUCACUGUGGAAAGACCAAGCACUGGUGGAAAUUAACAUCGCAGUUCUGCAUAGUUUUCAGAGUGAUAAAGUAACAAUCGUAGACCAUCACUCAGCUACAGAGUCAUUUAUUAAACACAUGGAAAAUGAAUACCGGUGUCGAGGCGGCUGUCCAGCUGACUGGGUUUGGAUUGUACCUCCAAUGUCUGGAAGUAUUACCCCUGUAUUUCACCAAGAAAUGCUUAAUUAUCGUCUCACGCCUUCCUUUGAGUAUCAGCCUGAUCCCUGGAACACUCACAUAUGGAAAGGAGUAAAUGGUACUCCAACUAAGAAACGAGCCAUUGGAUUCAAAAAGUUGGCCAAGGCAGUCAAAUUUUCAGCUAAAUUAAUGGGACAAGCAAUGGCAAAAAGAGUAAAAGCUACAAUUCUGUAUGCAACAGAGACUGGGAAAUCUGAAUCCUAUGCAAAAACAUUAUGUGAAAUAUUCAAGCAUGCCUUUGAUGCUAAGGCGAUGUCGUUGGAAGAGUAUGACAUUGUACAUUUAGAGCAUGAAACUCUGGUGUUAGUGGUGACCAGCACGUUUGGAAAUGGAGAUCCACCAGAAAAUGGAGAGAAAUUUGGCUGUGCUCUGAUGGAAAUGAGACAUCCCAAUUCUAAUUUGGAAGAGAGAAAGAGCUACAAGGUGCGUUUUAACAGUGUUUCCUCUUCUGCUGAUGCUCGGAAGUCAGCGGGUGAUGAGACAGGACCAAGAGACAAUUUUGGAAGUGCUGGUCCUUUGGCUAAUGUUAGAUUCUCAGUCUUUGGACUUGGCUCUCGAGCUUACCCUCACUUCUGUGCCUUUGCCCGAGCUGUGGACACCUUGCUGGAAGAGAUGGGGGGAGAACGAAUAAUGAAAAUGGGAGAGGGAGAUGAACUGUGUGGACAAGAGGAAUCUUUCAGAACUUGGGCUAAAAAAGUGUUUAAGGCUGCAUGUGAUGUAUUCUGUGUAGGAGAUGAUGUGAAUAUUGAGAAAGCAAACAAUUCUUUGAUUAGCAAUGACCGCAGCUGGAAGAGGAGCAAGUAUCGGAUCAGCUUUGUGGCUGAGGCUCCAGAGCUCACACAAGCUCUGUACAGUAUUCACAGGAAGAAAGUGUAUGGUGCCCGAAUGUUGUGCCGGCAGAACCUUCAAAGUACUAAAUCCAGUCGCUCCACUAUAUUACUUCGACUUCACACCAAUGGACACCAAGAGCUAAAGUACAAACCAGGCGACCACUUGGGAGUGUUUCCUGGCAACCAUGAUGAUCUCGUCAAUGCCUUGAUUGAAAGGUUGGAAGAUGCACCUCCAGUCAAUCAGCUGGUGAGAGUGGAGAUUUUGGAGGAGAGGAAUACUGCCUUAGGUGUAAUUAGUAACUGGACAGAGGAGGAGAGAAUCCCUCCAUGCACCAUCUUCCAUGCCUUCAAAUAUUUCCUGGACAUCACAACUCCGCCCACCCCAGUCCUCAUGCAGCAAAUUGUAUUUCUUGCUACCAAUGAGAGAGAGAAAAACCGCUUGGAGAUCCUGAGCAAGGGCUUACAAGAAUAUGAAGAAUGGAAGUGGUACAAAAACCCUACUAUUGUUGAGGUGCUAGAAGAGUUCCCCUCAGUGCAGAUGCCGUCAUCUCUGCUGCUCACACAGCUUCCCCUGCUGCAGCCUCGUUAUUACUCCAUCAGCUCCUCUCCUGACAUGAACCCUGACGAGGUUCACCUCACUGUUGCUGUUGUGUCCUAUCAUACAAGAGAUGGUGAUGGGCCCAUGCAUCAUGGUGUCUGCUCCUCAUGGCUUAACAGAAUACAGCCAGAUGAAGUUGUUCCGUGUUUUGUAAGAGGUGCUGCAAGUUUCCACAUGCCACAAGAUCCACACGUGCCCUGCAUCCUGAUCGGUCCUGGCACUGGCAUUGCACCCUUCAGGAGCUUCUGGCAGCAACGUCUCUAUGAUAUGCAGCACAAAGGACUGAAACCUUGUCCAAUGAUCCUUGUCUUUGGAUGCCGGGAAUCCAAAAUUGAUCACAUCUACAAAGAGGAGGCCAUGCUUGUGAGGAACAAAGGGGUGUUUAAAGAACUGUUCACAGCAUAUUCCCGGGAACCAAAUAAACCAAAGAAAUAUGUGCAAGAUGUCCUCCGUGAACAGCUCUCUGAGGUAACUUUCAAAGCUCUGAAGGAGCAAGGAGGUCAUGUAUUUGUAUGUGGCGAUGUCAAUAUGGCCGGUGACGUUCUCAAAAGUCUGCAACACAUUGUGAAACAGCGUGGGAACAUGAGCACUGAAGAGGCAGGAGCCUUCAUCAGUAAGCUGAGGGAUGACAAUAGGUACCAUGAAGAUAUUUUUGGAGUCACACUGCGAACCUAUGAAGUCACAAAUCGUCUCAGAUCUGAAUCUAUUGCAUACAUUGAAGAAAGCAAAAAGGACUCAGACGAGGUUUUCCGCUCAUAACUGGAAUGUUUCAUUGUCUAUGGAUGGCAAACUUGUCAUGUGGCACCCCUUGUCAUGCACAUGGCAUAUCCCACUUGCAUGUACACUGUUUGUGGAGACAUACAUAAACUGUGUGUACUGCAUGUAUGACACAAGCCAACUCCUCUGCACUGAUGUGGAGAUUUCCAUGUACUAACUUGCUUUAUCUUUCUCAUAUAAAGCCUCCCUUACAAGAUGGAUUUUGUUACAUCAGAGGCAAAAGUUAAUCUUUUUUUUUUCUUAUGGGACUAUGAGCACCGAUCUGCCUGCUGUCCUGUGCUGUCUUUGUCUUUUGCUCAUAAACAUAUAUAAAACUAUGUGAGAGACGUAUAUAUGAUAUCUCUUCUAUUGUAAUGAUGGGAUUCCAGAUGUUUUGGAUAUAAAUUCACUACCAUAGUUUUGCUUAAGAUUCAGCAGCUGCUUCUUGAAACCAAGGAAUGAGAUGUCCUCCCCCCUCCAAAAAACAACAACAAACCACUCACUGGUGCAUGAGAAUUGUCAUUGUCCUCAGGCCUUGCUUUGCAUUGUUCCGACUGAAAUAUGUCUAUUUAGUAAAUGAGAUCUGAAAA